AUGGCCUUUCCCUGCCACAGGUCCAUGAAAUCAAGAUCCAAGACUCCGUUCUUCCUUCUGGUAGGCCUGAGUUUCUUGGCACUGCAUCUAUGGUUCCUCCAGGCCCAGAAGUCCCAGCAGGAGGAGGCGUGGGAUCUCCGGAUAGAUGCUCUUGCUGCGCAGCCCUCAGCGCUCAACCCAGGGCCCCUGUGUGUGGCCAACGCCUCUGUGAACUCCACGCCCGACUUUGAGCAGCUGCCUGCCCGGAUCCAAGACUUUCUGCGGUACCGCCACUGCCGCCACUUUCGGCUGCUUUGGGACGCGCCAGCCAAGUGCGCGGGCCGCCGCGGCGUCUUCCUGCUCCUGGCGGUGAAGUCAUCUCCCGAAAACUACGAGCGGCGCGAGGUUAUCCGUCGCACGUGGGGGCAGGAGCACAGCUACCGCGGGCUGCCAGUGCGCCGUCUCUUCCUCCUGGGCACGCCGGCGCCUGAGCACCGUGAGCGCUCGGAGCAGCUGGACGCGCUGGUGAGCCUGGAAGCGCGCGAGCACGGUGACGUGCUGCAGUGGGCCUUCACCGACACCUUCCUUAACCUCUCGCUCAAGCACGUGCACCUGCUGGAUUGGCUGGCGGCGCAAUGCCCACAGGCGCGCUUUCUGCUCAGCUGUGACGACGACGUCUUUGUGCACACGGCCAACAUGCUGCGCUUCCUGGAACAGCAGCAGCCAGACCGCCAUCUCUUCACCGGGCAGCUCAUGGACGGCUCCGUGCCCAUUCGCGACAGCUGGAGCAAGUACUUCGUGCCUCCGCAAAUAUUCCCUGGGAAGGCCUACCCGAUAUACUGCAGCGGCGGCGGCUUCCUCCUGUCCAGCCACACGGCCCAGGCCCUGCGCAGGGCCGCCCACCACACGCCACUCUUCCCCAUCGAUGAUGCCUACAUGGGCAUGUGCCUGCAGCGUGCAGGUCUGGCGCCUAGCGGCCACGAAGGCAUCCGGCCCUACGGCGUGCAGCUGCCAGGCACCCACGGGUCCUCCUUCGACCCUUGCAUAUACCGUGAACUACUGCUCGUGCACCGCUUCGUGCCCUACGAGAUGCUCCUCAUGUGGAAGGCACUGCACAACCCCAAGCUGAAUUGUUCCCGGGGUCGCAGGGUCUCCUGA